UAGACUGAGAGUCUGUAAAAUAGCAGAUCUAGCUAUGGAAAAUCUUCUCAUCGACGAGUUCCUUGCAAGUAGAAGCCCCAAUAUUCGUGACUUUAAUCAGGUUGCAUCAACGCAGAUGCCCCAGGGCGAAUCUGCGGCUACAGAUAAGCCGGUGUUUUUCCCGUUUCCUUUCCCGCCAUAUGACAUACAGGAGGAUUUUAUGAAAACUUUGUAUGACGUGCUUGAGAAUGGAGGAGUUGGAAUUUUCGAAAGUCCCACAGGAACGGGGAAAUCUUUGAGCUUGAUUUGUGGAGCUCUUACUUGGCUAAAAAGUUAUGAAGAGAAGAAACAGGAAGAACUAGACAAGGCUUUAUCAUGUUCAAAACAAGUUAUAACUCUCAGGGACAAUGUCAUUAAUGAAGACAAAGGAAAAAGGUUUAAUAGUGCAGAUGAUUCUACAAUGCCAGAUUGGGUGAUGGAAUUUGCGGAGAAGCAGGCUACUCAAGAAAAAGAAGACAGAGUAAAGGAGGAAAGAGAGAGGUUGGAAAAGCAAAGAGCACAGCUUCAGAAACUCAAGAGUGAACUUAAACCAGCAUGUGCAUUCAAAACUGGAAAGAGAAAGCAUAGUGAUGGUGAGGUCAAUAAUUUUGGACACGAUGGCUCUGAAAUAGAGAACAAAAUUACCAGUGAAAUUGAUGAAGUCCUUGGGAAAACCAUAGAAGAGGAUCCUGAUACAGAUAUUGUACUAAUGGAAUAUCAAAGUGACGGAGAAGAGCCUGGAUCAGAUCAGGUAGAUGAGGAUAACAAUGAAGAGCCCCACUGUUUAAAGAUAUUUUAUUGCAGUAGAACACACUCCCAAUUGACACAAUUUGUUAGGGAAGUGCAAAAGAGUCCAUUCAGUGACAGUACACGGGUUGUCUCUCUUGGAUCCAGACAGAAUCUUUGUAUUAAUGAAGAUGUUAAAAGCCUUAAGAAUAUAAACAGAAUUAAUGAUAGGUGUUUGGAACUUCAAAAGAAAAACAAAGAGAAGAAAAAAACUGAUGGAGAGAAAGCUUCAAAGAAGAAAAAAGUUACAAAUGGAUGUCCAUUCUACAUGUACCAGCAGCUGCAGAAAUUUAGGGACCAUCUCCUGGUGGACAUAAAAGACAUUGAACAGCUUGUUUCUGUCGGUGAAGAACUUCAUGCAUGUCCUUAUUAUGGGACAAGAUUAGCUAUUCCUGCUGCGCAGCUCGUAGUUCUGCCAUAUAACAUCCUUCUUCACAAGUCUACAAGGGAAGCCUGUGGGAUAAAGCUUGAUGGAAAUGUGGUUAUUGUCGAUGAAGCGCAUAAUUUGAUUGACACAAUAAGUAGUGUACACAGUGUAGAAAUCACUGGUUCACAGAUUUUGUGCACUCACUCUCAGUUGACCCAGUACCAGGAUCGCUAUAGGACAAGGUUAAAGGCAAAGAACUUGUUCUAUAUUCAGCAACUACUGUAUGUCUUGAUGUGUUUCCUAAACUGUUUAGGAGGGAAAGAGCAAAGGAAGCCAGAAUCAUUCUCUAGUGCUAAUGAAUUGGGUACAAAAGACCACAGAAAGCAAGAUGUGAAGCUAUUAACAAUCAAUGAUUUCCUUUUUGCUGCCCAAAUGGAUAAUGUGAACCUUUUUAAGAUUAAAAGAUACUGUGAGAAGAGCAUGAUUUCUAAAAAGCUGAAUGGAUUUGUUGACAAGUAUCAUUCUGUACAAGUGGGAACAGGAUUUACUGCAGGAGAUGAAGAUGGAUUGUAUCAAAGUAGUAAUUCACCUCUUCAAAUCAUUGAGAGCUUUUUGGAAGCACUCACAAAUGCUGACAAAGAUGGAAGGAUUGUUGUUAACAAGCAGGAGCGACCCAGUAACUCCAGUCUGAAGUUUCUCCUUUUGAACCCUGCAGUCCACUUCACAACUAUCGUCAAAGAAGCCAGAGCAGUUGUUGUUGCAGGGGGAACAAUGCAACCGAUGUCAGAUUUUAAAGAUCAACUCUUUACUUGCGCUGGACUCUCCGGUGACAAUAUAGUGGAAUUUUCCUGUGGGCAUGUUAUUCCAGCAGAUCAUUUGCUCGCUGUAGCGUUGGAUAAAGGACCCUCUGGAAAAGACCUUGAUUUUACUUACCAGUCGAGAGACUCAGAAAAAUUGGUAGGCGCUGCGGUGAUGCAAAUCACUGAAUUUUUGCCAUGAAAUCGGCGAUAUAUAAAUUAUUUUCCAUAUUAUCAUGGAGAGAAACAGGUCUGCAAAUACUGGCAGGAAUCUGGCAUUCUUGAGAAAAUGAACACCCGAAAGAAGGUCUUUAGAGAACCACGCAAGUCUAGUCAGCUUGAUCAGGUUCUUUCGUCGUACGCAGCUUGUAUCAAGAAGCCAGCCGUAGUCGCCAACAACACAUCUCCAAAUGGCGCGGUGUUGUUCUGUGUGGUCGGAGGAAAGAUGAGUGAAGGGAUCAACUUUUCUGACGAUCUUGGAAGGCAUGUUUCCAAUUAUUUAUCCAUCUACUCACCUGAAUUAAAGGAGAAAAUGACAUAUCUUGAUGCAACUUUAGGGCCAAAAGCUGGUCAAAUGCAUUACGAAAGCCUUUGCAUGAAAGCGGUAAAUCAGUCAAUAGGUCGCGCUAUUCGUCACAAACGAGACUAUGCGACAAUCCUGUUACUUGAUCAGCGGUAUGGUUCUACAAGAAUACAGAAAAGUCUUCCAGGCUGGAUUUCAAACCGACUUCAGCACCAGCCUCGCUUUGGUUCUGCAUUUGCCGCCAUUCGCAAGUUUUUCGUGGAUAAGCGACAAGCGGAUGAGACCAUAAAUCACGAAGCACAAUGAAUGCUUGGUUGGAACAGAUGACCUCGUGAAACCUGAAAUGACCCGAUUAGCCACAAAAAUCAAAGCGAAAAAAAACACAUGCUCUUUUCAUAGAUUGCUUCAAU